AAAAGAUAACGUAGCCAUUAACUUUUAUGCAUUAACUCCUUCAUUUCUUUUUGUGCUCGUUUGGUUGAGAGAGAGAGAGGCUAUAUAUGAUGUUCCAACAAGAUUACCCUCAUGGCUUUUCACUCGUGGAAACAUCCUUAAGUUACGAAAUGUUGGAUUACUUUCAAAACAUCGUCGUUUCGAACUCUGAAGACGUGGCGUCACAGCAAAAUUCCAUUUCGUCCUCUUCUUAUUCAUCAGCGACACUCUCCUGCUCCAUAACAGAGCAAAAAUCUCACUUAACUGAAAAGUUAUCUCCUCUACGAGAAAGAUAUGGUUGCGGUGACUUUCUGUCGCGGAAGAGGAGAAGGAGAAGUGAAAAAACGAUUGUAGAUAAAGAGAAUCAAAGGAUGAAUCACAUUGCCGUCGAGCGUAACCGGAGAAAACAGAUGAAUCAUUUUCUGUCUAUCCUCAAGUCUAUGAUGCCUCUCUCUUAUUCUCAACCUAAUGACCAAGCAUCAAUCAUAGAAGGGACCAUUAGCUAUCUGAAGAAGCUAGAACAACGUCUCCAAUCUCUCGAAGCCCAAUUAAAAGCUACUAAACUCAAUCAAUCACCAAAUAUAUUUUCCGACUUCUUCAUGUUCCCUCAAUACUCCACCGCCACUGCCACUGCCACCGCCACUGCCUCCUCAUCCUCCUCGAGCCACCACCAUCACAAGCGACUAGAGGUGGUUGCUGACGUGGAGGUUACAAUGGUAGAAAGACAUGCCAACAUUAAAGUGUUAACGAAGACACAGCCAAGAUUGCUCUUCAAGAUUAUCAAUGAGUUUAACUCUUUAGGUUUAAGUACUCUUCAUCUCAACCUCACAACUUCCAAAGACAUGUCUCUCUUCACUUUUAGCGUCAAGGUAGAGGCAGAUUGUCAAUUGACGCCUUCUGGUAAUGAGGUCGCAAAUACGGUGCAUGAAGUCGUUAGAAGAGUUCACAAGGAACGUUGAAUUUUGUUUACAUACUAGCUAACUUUGAAAUUCUAUUUUAUUGUAUAAACAAUCUCUUAUGUGUGUAAUUUACAUAUAUACAAUUAAUUAACAUUAAAGUUGUUUAGUUUUUUUUUUUUUUUUGUUGGUUUACUGAGUUAAUAACAUUGUGUUGACGUCUAUUAAAUUGAGGAUAUAAAAUACAAGCAUGAUGAAUUGA